AUGGUGUCGUUUGACGCUACAGCCUAUGAUGAGGCGCUCCAUUUCGGAGGUCCGUCGUGGCAGGAUGUCAAGCAUCGGGAUCAAUUGAAUUCGGUGCAAUCUUGGUCGAGCCAAUCGACACAGGACACAGCGUCGGAGGACUCUUUGUGGACGUUAGAUCUGUUGGAAGCCGAACCACUGCCAGAUCGACCCUGUGCACCGGUGAUGAGGACACCGCCCAUCACUGCUUAUAGCGGGCACACAUCCAGGCCAGCGUUUAUCAAAGCCAACUCAUUCUCCGAGGGCGUGCGCGAGUUCGAGGAUGUAUCACGCUUGUUUACGCCCGACCUGGUAACAGCUCAGAGCCAGUUGUACAUGCCGACGACAAUCGCUGGAUUCAAUAGCCGGUUCAAUCGACAUGGGUCGCAGCAGCCAUUGCGCCCUUUCCAUCCGCAAGCGUAUGCAACCAGACAAAGAAUGGGCGGCUGGCAACCACUCUCACACCACGCCCAUCUGCCAUACACUGCUAGCGAUCCGUUUGCUGCUACCAGUGAUUAUCAUUUGAGUACCCGCAGAGAUGCUAACGUUGGUGGCCAGCGCUGUAGUUUCGACCUCGAAUACCACGGAUACUGCGAUUACGAAGCUCAAGGUGGUCAUGCUCGCCAGCCAGAGCAGGAUUCUACAGAGCUUGCCCACUAUCACUCACAUCAGCAGGAGGCGGCGUUCGCUGUGGCCAGUGACGAUCCAAGGGUGUAUAUCCCGUGCCAGGUAACGUCUCGAAGCAGCGUGCCGGAGAUCCCGAGACUAAAUUACUUUGAAGACUUCCAGCCCGCGUCGAGACUGGACUCGGAAGGGAGGCUCUCGUCAUCUGGUAUGAACUCCAGCCCUCCCCGCCCUUCUUCUAACGUCAGUGAGCCGUACUUUCCGGGUAUCACUGCCACUAAGCCCGAAGGCGAGCCUGGCAGCACGCUGUCGAGUGUGGAGUCAGAGGACGACCUUGAGGAGCGCUUCUAUCAGUCGUUCAACACCCCUGCCCAGCGCUCGCCAACGUCCAAGCAUGAAUCUGUGUACGAGCAGAUGAUCAACGACUUGCCGCUCAUGGAAGCGCUGUCGAAAAGAGUCAAGCGGGGCUACUACCGGUGCGCCCAUUGCCCCAAGAUGUUUUCUAACGUCUUGGACUACGCUAGGCAUAUCGACGAUUUUGAAAUACAACGCGACUACAAAUGCCCCUUUGUGUUGUGUCCUUGGAAAAUACUGGGACUGCCCCGGCGUCCUGAACUACGGCGCCACUGUGCUAUACAACAUAAGUUGGAGAUACCCCCCGAGCUCAAACACUCACUGAAGCUCGGCGAAUCCGAUUUCCCGAUCAUGGGAUGUCCCUCUCCGUUCUGUGAAAAGAAGUUUUUCAGGCGUGAUUCUUACGUUAGACAUGUCGCUAUGGUUCAUGAUAAGGUUGACAGUCGCUUCAACCGACGCUUGGCCAAGGUAUUGGGCGAGUGCCCACACUCUUGUGGCACUCCGGAACAUACCACCUACGUUCUCGCGGAGAUGGUGUCUACAAAAAGAAAGUAG